AAAAGUGGAAAUUUUGUGUGGCGAUAGUAAUCAUGUAGCAUCUAAAUGCAGAAAGAAGAAGCUCUAUUGCAGUCUUUGUAAAGGGCAAGGUCACGUAAGCAAAGUAUGUAUGAAAGUAAGGCAACAGAAACAACAGGCGAAUCAGGUAGAAGAAAUUUUCACAUUACAAACUGAACAUACUACAUUUAGAGAAAAAUUCUUGUUAACGCUAAAAUUAAAUGGUACACUAGUUGAAUUUGAAGUUGAUAGUGGAGCUGCAGUGAGUAUAAUUAAUGUAACUCAAUUUAAACAAUUAUUCCCCAAUAUUCAAGUAGAAAAUACAAACUUACAAUUAGUCACUUACUGUAAAAGAGAAUUGGACGUUGUAGGAUUUGUAUCGGUAACUGUUACAUACAACACUGUACAGAAAAUUUUGAAUUUAUACAUAGUUAAGUCUGAUAGAAAACCGUUACUUGGUAGGGAAUGGAUAAGACAAUUACAAUUAGAUCUAGCAACUAUUUCUCAUGUAUCUCUAGAAACAUGCCCCAAUACAUUAGAUAAAGUGAUACAAAAAUAUCAGUCAGUUUUUGAGCAAAAUAUGGGAAAAAUUAAACAUUUGCAGGCAAAGUUACAAGUGAAAGAAGGUGCAACACCGAUUUUUGUUAAAGCUCGUAAAGUUCCUUAUGCACUUCUACCCAAAGUAGAAGAAGAAUUACAAAUAUUGGAGAAAGAGGGAGUGUUAAUUAAAGUAAAUACGUCAGAAUGGGCAACACCUAUUGUCCCAGUUGUAAAAUCUAAUGGUAGAAUUAGGAUUUGUGGAGAUUUCAAAAUUACACUUAAUAAAAAUUUAAUUGUAGACGAGCAUCCCUUACCAACAGUAGAAGAAUUAUUUUUGAGUUUAGCUGGGGGAGAUAAGUUCACAAAACUUGAUUUACAACAAGCGUACUUACAGUUAGAAGUAUGUCCCGAAGAUAGAAAAUAUCUAACACUAAGUACUCCAAAAGGGCUUUACCAAAGUACUAGGCUAAUGUUUGGUAUAGCUAGUGCACCAGCCAUAUGGCAACGCACAAUAGAAACAAUACUACAAGAUAUUGACGGGGUUACAGUCUUUUUAGACGAUAUUAAAAUUACAGCACCUAAUAAUACUAUACAUUUUCAGCGAUUAGAGUUAGUACUAGGUAGAUUAGCAAAGUAUAAUAUACGGGUAAACCUUUCAAAAUGUGAAUUUCUUAAAGAUAAAAUUGAGUAUUGCGGUUAUGUAAUUGAUAAAGUGGGUAUACAUAAAUCUAAGGCAAAAAUUGAAGCAAUACAGAAAGUAAAGAUUCCUACCAAUAAAACCGAAUUACGUGCAUUUGCAGGGUUAGUAAAUUAUUACGGUCGAUUCAUGCAGAACUUAAGUUCUACAUUGCAUCCAUUAUAUAAAUUGUUAAAAAAAGAUAUACCUUUUAAAUGGAAUAAGGAGUGUCAAAAAGCUUUUGAAAUUGUGAAAUCACAAAUACAAUCACCUAAAGUUUUAGUUCAUUUUGACCCAAAACUACCAUUGGUGUUAGCUACAGAUGCCAGCCCGUACGCAGUAGGGGCUGUACUAUCACAUACAUUUCCAGACGGAUCUGAACGACCAAUUUGUUUUGCAUCACAAACUUUAACAACAGUACAGCAAAAAUACGCCCAAAUUGACAAGGAGGCAUACAGUAUCGUAUAUGGAGUAAAAAAAUUCUUUUAUUACUUGUUUGGAAGAAACUUUACACUAUAUACAGACCAUAAACCUCUAGUACAUAUUUUUUCACCAGUAGCAAGUUUACCAUCUUUGACUGCCACAAGAAUGCAGCAUUAUGCACUCUUUUUACAGGGAUUUAAAUACAAUAUUAAAUAUAAAAAUACAACAAAGCACGCAAAUGCGGAUGCUAUGUCGCGGUUACCUACAAAAAGUACUGAUAAUUACCUUUAUGAUGAACCAGAUGCAUUCGAAAUUAAUCAAAUAGAAACAUUACCCAUUAAAUUACAGGAACUAGCCAAGGCAACUGAGAGAGAUAAUGCAUUAAUACCACUAUUAAAGGGGUUGCAAUCAGGGACAGAGGUUGACAAAAAAUUCCGUUUUAAUGUAGAUCAGUCAGAAUUUACAUUACAAAGUGGGAGUAUAUUUAGACAACACCGCGUUGUUGUUCCAAAAACAUUACAGUACAAAAUCCUACAAGAAUUACAUGCAACGCAUUUUGGGGUGGCAAAGAUGAAAGCCUUAGCACGAAGUUAUGUGUGGUGGGCCGGAAUAUCGGAUGACAUUGAGGCGAUUGUUAAGAAUUGUGUAAAUUGCCAAAAACACAAAAAUGACCCAGUAAAAGUGCAAGUUCACCCUUGGGAACCAGCUAGUGCUCCCUUUGACAGAGUACAUGUGGACUUUGCAGGGCCUUUUUAUAAUCGAUAUUACUUUAUUUUAGUCGACGCAUACACACGCUGGCCAGAAAUUCAUGUAGUUAAAGAUAUGACGACAACAAAUACAAUUGCUCUGUGUAGAAAAAUUUUUACUACAUUUGGAAUUCCGAGAACUUUAGUGUCAGAUAACGGGAGUACAUUCACUUCAUACGAAUUUAAACGGUUUUUACAAGAAAACGGUAUUAUUCAUAAGUUAAGUGCUCCGUAUCAUCCAAGCACAAAUGGAUUAGCGGAAAGAUAUGUACAAUCAUUUAAACAGGCUCUAAGAGCAAUGAAGGGACAUGCAAAUGAUUGUGAAAGAGAAUUACUAAAAUUUUUGUUACAUUAUAGAAAGACUGAACAUUCAGUAACGAAAGUCAGUCCUUCCUAUUUAAUGUUCGGAAGAGAAAUUCGCUCACGUUUAGAUUUUCUUAAACCAGAUUUAGAAGUUAAUACAAAACCUAGUUACAAUAUUAGAGUUAGAGAAAUUUCGGUAGGGAAAAGAGUGGCAGUGCGUGACUACAAUCAUAGCAAUAAAUGGGAAUUUGGCAGAAUACAAAAAAGGUUAGGUAAAUUACAUUAUUUAAUUCAGUUAGAUAAUGGUAAAUUUUACAAACGACACAUAAAUCAAAUUAGGACAAUUGGCGAAAAUAUGCCUAUCACAAAUGCAGUGAGAGAUUAUGUUAACGAUCCGAUUGCAGGUCAGACGAUGUCCACUUCUCGUACUUUUCAUAAUAAUGACGAAUUGCAGAUUGCAAAAGAAAAGGAUACACACCCAGCUGACAAUCAAUUUCAGGGUAGUGCCAGUUCAAUCAUUUCUGAAACGGAGGCAAGUACGCCACCAGUAAAUGAAAAUCUUUCAGAUGCUCCAGUUGUAUCAGUGCCCGAAACAAGUAAAAUUAUAAUAGAUUCGGAACCACCUUUACGAAGAUCAAAUAGGGUUUCUCGACCUCCUAUCCGUUUGAAUUUGUAAAUUUUAUGCUUAUACAUAUUGUAAAUUUAUUUCUUUUAAGGAGAGGAGGUGUUAUACAGGGUAUUAGUAUAGGGGAGUAGAGACACAGCCGAUGAUUAUGGCCUUGUACAAAAUUGAUGUAGAAUAAUGUCGGUGAUAUAUGUUUGUGCAAUUAAUAAAUAACAAUCCGACAUCA